AUGAGCCCAACCAUCCAGACAGCAAUGUCCACCGCCAUCAACCCCGCAACAGGGGAAUCGCUCCCCGCAGAUGCCCUGCAACGAGUCCUCUUUGUCACUCGCCUCGUCCACGUCUACUCGGUGCCUCCACUGACUUCAAUCAGAGGCUACUCAGCGGCCGAAUGGACCGUCCCGAAUCCUCAAACCGGGCAAACCCGGCAAAUCUUCUCUGCCCGUCUACGUAUUCUCGAGACCGCGAUCCACGAUACGGUCAGCGCCGACAUACUGCUGGAGGAUCCCCAGACUGGGAGUCUAUUUGCUGCUGCACCGUUAACGGAUGCGAAUUCGGUGGAUUACGUGACUGACUCGUCGCGGUUCUUUGUGCUGCGUGUCGUCGGAGAAGGGAGGAAAGCUUUGCUGGGGAUAGGGUUUGAGGAACGCAGUGACGCGUUUGAUUUCGGGGUCGCCUUGCAAGAAGCGAAGAAGAUAUUGGGUAUACGCGAUACAAUAUCGUCGGAUCAGCAGAAGCCAACACAAUCCUCACUAUCAUCCUCUUCAUCAUCAGAAAUGGCAUCCACAACGACGCCGAAAGAUUAUAGCCUAAAACCCGGUCAGACAAUAAGCAUCAACAGUGGACGAAGACGACCCGCCCCGGCCACGUCUACUACUACUACUGCUACUACACCACCAACAAUAUCCAACUCAGCAAGAGAGGAAGAGCAGGCUCUAUUCUCUAUUCCACCACCCCCGCCACCUGGGACAGUCGCUUCGGCAACCAAUACCACCACAGCAACAGAUCAGAUUGGUCGACGGAAACGGCCUACGUCGACAAUUAUAUCGGCCGAAGAGAGCAAGCCUGUCCUCGGCUUUGAUGAUUCUGCUACUUUUGAUUAAGCAAUAGCCCCACAAGAUUCUAGGGAAGGAAGUCUGGCUGGGCUACGUUGGCUUCCACGUGUUUAGUUUAAAGGGUGGGCAGACAGAAUAUAAUAUUCUUAAUUCGCCGGUAGUAUUCAAUAAGCUCAUGCAGGUAUAUAUUUGAUAAGAACCUC